CAAACUUUUUAUAUUUAUUCCAAAAUAAAAUAUUAAUUAACUCAAAUAUGAGCGAGGAAGUUCAAAAUGAAGUGCAAAGUGAUCCCAACAAACGUAAAAACAAGAAAAAGCCCAAGAACUUCCUUAAAAAUGCUAAAAAGUACGCCAAAAAAGGCCAGUGGGGCAGAGGUACCAAAAUGAGUGAAGAGUUGUAUCAAUAUUUUUUGGGAAUUCUGGAUGCUAUGAAAGCAGGUAUCGAGGAUGAAGAUCAAAGACAGAGCUUAGUUAAUAAUGUACUGGACCGAACGAAAGGUGAAGAACUAAACAUAAUCGGCAAUCAACUUGGCUGCCGAGUCGUAGAGCUGCUGCUACCCUACUCAUCACCUGAAGACUUGGAACGGUACUUCGAAGUGUUACACCCAGAACUACGUAGGCUCUGCUCCGAUAAUUUCACGAGCCAUGUCGUUGAGACUUUAUUAAGGGUAGCGAGCGAGCGAGCUACAGAUCAUUUACAAACAGGAGAGACAAAUGAGGAAUGUGAUGAUGAAGUACCGAAGAAAAAGAUAAAACUAGAACCGACACAAUCUAAAUACAGUGACGCCCAUGUUAAAAACUGCUAUGAAUUUGCUUUAAAGAUAUGUAAAUACGCUUUAAAUAAUUUAGAAGAUUUCGUCUGGGAUAAUUAUGCUAAUCAUAUUUUGAGAAGUGCUUUAAAAUGUCUCAGUGGAAUCACAUUGCUACCUAAUGAAAAGCCGAAAGUGAACAUGUUUGUAAUAGAGAAAACCGAUAAGCAGACGCCGCCAUCACCGUUUAUAAAGAAAAUGGUUUACAAAAAUGUGCCGGAUGAUUAUAAAGAGUUAGUAACAGAGUUCUCAAAAAGGUUAUCAGUUUGGCCACAGUUUAAAGACUUACCGUACAAGAACUUGACCUCUGGUUUGUUGCAAGUGUUGCUAUAUGCCAUCAAGAAUGUAGAUAAAGAUUUGACGAGGGAUUUGUUAAAGCAGUUGUUGAAUGAAAGCUUUGCUCCGGACAAUUGGGAUUCAAACGGUAAUGAUACUGAUGAUAAGAAGGAAGUGAAAAUUGACUUGGACGAGGAAAACCAGGAAAGUGUUAAGAGUUGUUCGUUGCCACCUGUGUUUGAGUCAGAACCUGCCGUCAGAUUACUAGAAGCAGCGCUGCUAGUGGCAAAAAAGAAGAUGUACACACAGAUAUACGCCAAAUGCUUCAUCAACACACUGGCGCAGUUAGCUUGCAUGCCAAUGUUAAACUACACGGUUCAGCGGCUAUUUGACAACUGUCAGAUCAAAGAGGAGUUGGAGCCGAUGUUCGACGAGUUGUCCAACAAGUUUGCGGAUCUGUUGGCCUGCGGGAACACUGGAGUCCUAGUGUCAAUCGCUAAAGCCUGUCUCAGAGUGAAGGCGCGGCAGGCGCAGUUUGUUAAUGGUCUAGAGUCGGCCCUCAAAGUGACCCCUGACACUCAGAAGUACUUCCCCGUGUUCGUGCUGCGAUUGCUGCCAUCAGACCGAGUGGAUGUCUCCACGCUGGAGAAGGAAUACUUUAUUAACGUCCAUGGCUCGGUUAUACUACAAAGUAUACUGGAUUUUCAGCGUCCAGCCAAAGCCGUGAACGGUCUACUAGAGCUGACUUCAGAACAACUCCUCGUCAUUUUCUCCGACGCCAAAGGCAGUCACAUAGCCGACGCUUUCUGCAAGGGGCAGUUCGUCGGCGUGAAGGCGAGAGACAAGAUGAUAUGGAAGCUGAAGGGCUUCUACCAGACCCUAGCGCUCUCCCAGCACGGCUCCCGGGCCCUCGAACGAGUCUUCGAAGCGGGUUCCCUCGAGCAAAAGGUCAAGAUCAUGACCGAACUGGCGGACAAGAGCAACUUGCUUAACAGCACUAAGUUCGGCCGGCUGGUCGCCGUCAAACUGGACGUGGAGGGGUUCAAGAAAGCGCAGAAACAGUGGGAACUGAAGUUUAAGGGAAAAUAAAUUAUAUACAA